AGCAAACGCGGGACGAUCACAAUCUAGUGGAAUUAUCGCUUCACCCCAUGGCGCUUCUCCUCGGCCUCGCGCCCGCGUCGCUGCUCACUCCUCGGCUCAAAAGAUCGCCGAUCCGCCGCCCCCGUCCCCUCCCGCUGCGCCCCGCUCCCGCGCUCGUCGCCGAUCGGAUCGCGACUAGAUCGGCGUCCGUACGGUGCGAGGCUCUCGGGGAGGGGAUCGGCGAUCGGACGGUGUACGAAGGCGUCUACGGCCCCUGGACGGUGGAUCCAUCCGACGUUCGCGAGGUGAUAUCAUACAGAUCAGGACUGGUAACUGCAGCCACUUCUUUCAUAAUCGCCGCAUCCGCGGCUUUUCUUCCCGAAGGCACCUUUGGAGACAUUAUCAAGCAAAAUAUCGACUUGUUUUACGUAGUCGGAGCCGGAGGUCUAGGUCUAUCUCUUUUCUUGAUCCAUAUUUAUGUCACGCCUAUUAAACGCUUCCUACAAGCACUGUGGGUGAUCGGCGUUGUCGGAUCCAUCGCGGCUUAUCAAUUCGGUGCACUACCUUCGAAUGAGAGCUUGGCUCAAUACGUGCUCGAUAACCCGUCUGCGCUGUGGUUUGUCGGGCCUCUCUUUGCUGCGCUGACGGGCCUCGUCUUUAAGGAAGGUCUCUGUUAUGGAAAGCUAGAAGCCGGUAUCCUCACGUUCGUCAUUCCGGGACUUCUUCUGGGUCAUUUGUCGGGUUUAAUGGAUAAUGGACCAAAGUUAAGCCUGUUAGGUCUAUGGAUGGCUCUCUUUGUGGUAUUUGCGGCGAGAAAGUUCCAGCAACCUAUCAAGGACGACGUCGGCGACAAAUCCAUAUUCGUGUUCAAUGCUCUUCCUGAAGAGGAAAAGAAGGCUCUGCUUCAGAAGCUCGAGGAACAGAGCAAUCAGAAGCUUGAUUAGCGUACAAGAUGAAGAGUAAACAAACACAAAGUGUAAAUUUUGCAAGGAUACAUAUGCUUUAAUUUCACCUGUAAUUAUAUGCUCUUAUUUCACAUCUUUUAUGUAUAUAUAUUAUAUACACAUCAAAUUUGGUUAUUACUAACCCUACUUAUUAUUA